CAGCCUGACUACAAAACCCUUGUGCAAUAUUCUGCGCUCAAUCCCUUUGGCAGAGAGAACAGCGGACCUAAGCACUUCCUGGAAGAGGAUCAUCAAUCGCCAUGGUGAAGUACUCAAGAGAGCCCGACAAUCCCACAAAAUCCUGCAAAGCCAGGGGUUCUGAUCUUAGAGUUCAUUUUAAGAACACAAGGGAAACAGCGCAUGCUAUCAGGAAGCUGCCUUUAACAAAGGCUAAAAGGUACUUGGAGGAUGUUUUGGUCCACAAGCAAGCCAUUCCCUUCACUCGCUUCUGCAGAGGUGUUGGAAGAACUGCUCAGGCAAAGAACAGGCAUCCAAAUGGACAAGGACGUUGGCCUGUGAAAUCAGCUAGGUUUAUUCUGGAUUUGCUCAAGAAUGCUGAGAGCAAUGCCGAAGUUAAAGGCUUGGAUGUGGAUUCACUUUUCAUAUCCCACAUUCAGGUAAACCAAGCUCAGAAGCAACGACGCCGCACAUACCGUGCUCAUGGAAGAAUUAACCCCUAUAUGUCAUCCCCCUGCCAUAUCGAGUUAACUUUGUCUGAAAAAGAAGAGCCUGUCAAGAAGGAGCCUGAAUCACAAUUGGCAACCAGCAAGGCUAGGAAGGCUUAAGGCAUCUGUGCUUUUUUCACCAGUGAUUUACAAACCUUCAAGAAUUGAACGAUUCUGAUACUUUCUUUUGCUUCCUUGUGUUUGGACACUAGUUUAUUUGCAGUAUGAACAAGUUUUGUUUUAGGAGAUAUAUUUCCUUUCCUGUAUUGUUUGAUACUCUCUGAGCUUUCCCUUUUUGAUAGUAUUUUUGGGGUCAUUAUGCUGUU